AUCCCAGUCAGUCUUGUACCGCCAAAGAGCACAGGCACAAAGGGUCUUGGGAAACAUCUGGGCUAGAUGAUACAGAAGCUAAUCUGAAAGGGGAGGACAGGGCUGUUAAGAGAAAGCAUGGCAAAGUCUGUGACAGCUGACUGUCUCUUUCUGCAACGCUUACUCUAGCAGGCUUGGCAAAACAAGAGUGAGUUAAUCUGAAGUGGCUGGUGGUGGUGGGCUGAGUGGAAGAGGCAUUGUGCUUCUCAGGUGGAACUUGGUGUUCAGGGGGAAGGUGUGUCUGCUCUCCUAGCACCCUACAGGCAGCCCCCAAGCCUCUCUUAAACUUCUGGUUUGGUCCGAAUGUAGCAAAAACAUUUUCUCAUAUGUGGACUUUCAGUGGGAGUGGUGUCGUGUGUCAGCCCAAAAGGCAAAGGCUUCUGUCUCUGAAAGAAUUUAAAGCAAAGGCCUGAAGAGGGGGAAAGCAAGGGAAAUAUUAACUGUGGCUUAAAAAACAACCCUGAGUCCCCAUGGAGUAAAAAUCUAGUAAGUAGAAACCAGUCUAAGUCAGAAGGAAGAAGAAGAGCACAGAGAAAACAGCUUUCUGAGUGUAGCAGUCACUUGGAUUGUUUUAAAUGACUUGUCUGGAUGAUGUGCAUCCUCUCAGCCAACAGCUGGUGACUACAGGAGAGUGAGUGCUCUCCUGCAGUGAUAGAAGGUGAUUUGGAGAGAGGACAUAGUGGAGGAGAAUGCAACUCUUGUGUUCUCUAGGUGUUUUCUCUGAUCAAACCUGGCUGUAACUGACCAGAUGGAAACGCUGACCUGUGGCACUGCUGGAGCCCUGACCGGGCUGCUUGGAGAGUGCCCUAGGGGCUUCCCCCGGAGAUGGGUGCCCAUGGAGCAAAUCCUGUUGCGGGGAGCGAGGGGGCAGCAGCUGUGGGGGACGCCUGCCUUCCGCUGGCAGCAGAAGGCCGCCUGUGGCACAGUUCGCUCUUGGCUUUAUCGAAACGGGGUACAGGACACGGCAAGCAGAUACUGGUGCUGGGCCUGGAUGGGGCUGGGAAGACCAGCGUUCUGCAUUCCCUGGUGACUAACCAUGUCAAGCGCAGCGUGGCUCCCACUGAGGGCUUCAACGCUAUCUGCGUCAACACCGAAGAGUCACAGAUGGAGUUCCUGGAGAUCGGGGGCAGUGAAUCUCUGCGUUCAUACUGGAAGAUGUACUUGCCCAAAGUGCUGUUGCUAAUCUAUGUCGUGGACUCGGCCGAUCAUGCCCGACUGCCUCUGGCAAAACAGCUGCUUCAUCAACUGAUCCAGAACAACUCCACCCUGCCAGUGGUGGUUCUGGCCAACAAGCAGGACCUCGAAGGUGCAUAUUCCAUCACCGAUAUCCACGAUGCUCUGGCACUGUCCGAUAUCGGGGACAACAGGAAGAUGUUCUUGAUUGGUACCCAUGUGGCAGAAGAUGGCUCCGAGAUCUCCUCCAACAUGAAGGAUGCCAAGGAGCUGAUAGCACAGCUGGUUUUGGAAGCACAGUGACAGCUCUUUUCCUACAAUGUGAUCUGUGCAGCUGAGGGAGACAGAGUGUUAGUAUAUGGUCACUUUGCCGUGUGGCGACUGAAAUGUACAGGUAUCUUUUCCUUCUGAGUGUGGGAUUCCCCUGAAAAUGGUGUCUAGUUGGUAAGAAAAUCUAAUUUGUAGUGGUUUGAAAAUACAUUUGAGAAGUAAGUCUAAUAUUUAGUGUAUUUGUAGGGGAAAAUUAGUCUCCCAGAUAGCAGAGUUAAGAGGAUGUAUAGCUUAGGUGGGCUGAGGUGGCUUCUUGCCAGGUGGGAAUCAAGCAUUGUCUUCAGUGGAACAAAGCUGCAUCCAGUGAAUUUCACCUGGCUUAGUGUCUCAGGUUUAAAUUGAAAUAUGUUUACUCCUCAGGUUUUACAGAACCCUGUUAACAGUGUUGUUCUGUUGAAAAUGAGACCUCACUUCUUGACAGUGUCAGAAACUUAAAGUGCUGCGGUUAGUAUUUUUGACAGUUUUUGUUGUUGCUGUGUUGGAGCCAGCCUUUAAGGGAGUGGUAGAUUAGUAAUCUCUGGAAAUUGGGUUGGUUACUGCUGCUUUAGUAGGUUAGAACAAGAAGACAAAUGCAGUAAGAUAUUAAGUGUUUCUUUGCCUACAGGGAAAAACCAGAAUGGUGUAAUUUAAGGUAGUGACUGGAAGCAUUUAAGUUAAAUUGGCACCAAAGGUGGGAGACUCUUCCAUCGGGCUGAGUGCCUUGUUUCAGCUUAGUCUGGGUUGUCCUCAAGCAAGCAGUCUUAUGUGUGAAAAGCCUGUUGGUUUUUGAAAGUGGUUCGUGUUACACUGCGGGAGAGGAAGGUGAGUACGUGGCGAGUGUCGCUCUCCCGUUGUCCUCGGAACUGCAUUGCAGGAACGGGAUCCAGGAGCAAGUUCUGUACUGGGCCUGUUCUGCGGCCACAUUUACUGUAUGAGCGUUGUGUCGUUUCAUCCUUUGGAACAGAUGCAUAAAGCAGCAAACUUCACCCAAA